GGUAGUGACGGGGAAGUGGCUUGUUUGUCGUCGCCGUUUUUGCUGGUUCGCAAACUUUUAACUUGGUCCAUGUAGUGGUCGGGGCCUGAAAGAUGGCCCAGCCAACCGUGGUGAAAGAGGGAUGGCUGCAGAAGAGAGGUGAAUACAUCAAGAAUUGGCGGCCUCGAUGGUUUCAGCUGAGAAGCGAUGGAACUUUCCAUGGUUACAAAACGAAACCCGGCCCCGGAGAUGAGCCUCUCAACAACUUCACUGUCGCAAAAUGCCAGCUGAUGAAGUCAGACAAGACGAAAAAGAAUGCUUUCAUUAUUCGAUGUCUGCAGUGGACCACGUUCGUGGAGCGGACGUUCUGUGUCGAUACGCCUGAUGAGCGUGACCUAUGGAUGGAAUGUAUAAAAAAAACUGCUGCUGCCAUUACGGAUUUGGAGGGAGAUCAACCCCCACCGGUUGGUAAGGAUAUCGAGGGUGAGCGCACCAUCGAUGAUUUCGAGAUGCUGAAGGUCUUGGGUAAGGGUACGUUCGGCAAAGUCAUGCUCGGCAAGGAUAAGCAUACUGGUGAAGUGUUUGCCAUCAAGAUCUUGAAGAAAGAAGUGAUCGUCGCCAAGGAUGAAGUAGCUCACACGAUGACUGAGAAUCGUGUCCUUCAGUCUGCCAGCCAUCCGUUCCUGACGUCUCUAAGGUACUCGUUCCAGACCAAGGAACGACUGUGCUUCGUCAUGGAGUAUGUCAAUGGUGGUGAGCUGUUCUUCCACUUGUCCAGAGAGCGAGUGUUUACUGAGGAGCGAACUCGAUUUUAUGGUGCUGAGAUCACUCUGGCCAUCAAGUACCUGCACGAGCUGGGCAUCGUCUAUCGUGACUUGAAACUGGAGAAUCUUCUAUUGGACAGCGAGGGCCAUAUCAAAAUCACAGACUUUGGUCUGUGCAAGGAAGAGAUCACGUAUGGUGCCACCACGAAAACAUUCUGCGGCACGCCUGAGUACCUAGCACCGGAAGUACUCGAGGACAACGACUACGGACGUGCUGUGGACUGGUGGGGUCUUGGUGUUGUUAUGUACGAGAUGAUGUGCGGCCGAUUGCCGUUCUACAACCGCGACCACGAGGUGCUGUUCGAGCUCAUCCUGAUGGAGGAGGUCAAGUUCCCGGCGCGCAUCUCCGAGCUGGCACGCUCUUUACUCAGUGGUCUGCUCAUCAAGGAUCCCAACAACCGUCUUGGCGGCGGCAGCAAGGAUGCCGAGGACAUCAUGUCGCAUGAGUUCUACGGUGCAAUCGACUUCAAACAGCUGUACGACCGCAAGGUCGACCCGCCUUUCAGGCCCAACAUCACAUCCGCAACAGAUACACAGUACUUUGACGAGGACUUCACCAGUGAACCUGUCAACCUCACACCUCCCGAGACAACAGAGUCCAACGUACAUUUCGAGGAGUUUAACCAGACAAAUUAUUGAACAGUCGCAACGCUGGAGACCAUCAUUCUUUUCUGCUUUUAUUUUUCUUCACUUUUUUUGUUUGCAUCAAGCUCGCAUCCAAAACAUAAUUUAUGCUCGUGUAUUAUUCAAUUGUUAGUUCUGCCCUUGUAUACGCUUGCUGAUCACUUUGGUCAUGUGUGUGUGUGCGUGCGUGAGUGUGUGUUCGUGUGUGUGGGUACAUGAGCGCAUGCAUAAGAGAGUGCUGGCGUUUCCAUCUCAGUGGAUCUGUACCCACGCACUUGUGUUACCUCGUCUGAAAAAUCACAAGAAAAGCGAA